AUGUUCAGUUUCAAGGCGUACCUGCUGGCACUGAGCCUGGUGGUCAACCUAGCAACCGUGAACGCAACAGGGUUGGGCCUCGCCGAGAUCGAUCUUGUGUUUCCGCGUAACGACACAUAUGAGCCUAUGCCACUCAUGCCUAUCGUCUUCGCUGUUAGGAAUAACCCGGCCUUUCAGCAGAUAAGCCCUUCUAUGGCAUAUAGGGUCGGCUUGUUACACCGAGGAAAGGGGGAGAAUUCCACCUUUUUGCCUCUCCAGUCACUCUCUACGGACCAGCUGGUCGACAACAAAACAGAGACACAGUUUGUGUUUUUCGGAAUCGCCAAUCAAUUCGACACGGAAAACACCUGGGAAUUCGGAUGGUCGAUGGGCUGGUCUAACUGCUCUACAUCUGACAACGGCACCGACUAUGAUAAUGCUCAUACACGAAACGAUGCAGACGGUUUCCACAAACGAUACUACGAGGCCUACCAGAGCAUCAUCUUCACCACCGAAAGAGGGGGCCGUCAGGCGAACCUGACUACCCUCACUACCGACGAGGACUGUGGCAAAACUCCGGGGCUUGCAUUUGAUGUACUUCAAACUCUUACCAUCCCCACAGAAACCUUUCCGGGUCGAAGCUACGAGAGGGCCCCAAAAUGUGCUCUUCUCGCAAGCCCCGCACCCACUCCCAGUCCUUGCAUAGCUAGCAUGGCCGCCGAAGCAGCCUCGAGCAUCUCUUCGAUUCUCACUAGUCAUGAGUGCACCGCUGCGACUCCUGCUGUGAGCUGUCCGCCUAAGAUCGAUGGGGCUGUUCGGAGUCUAGGUCAAGGGGCCUGGUGGAUUGCUGGUACUGCCUGGUUCUUGUGCAGCAUGUUUUGCUAG